AUGGAAGAGCCACAAGACUUACCCGAACAACCAGUGAAAAAAGCCAAGAUGCAGGAGUCCAGAGAGCAGAGCCUGAGUCAUGUGAGCAACGCAGAAGUCAGCGAUCAGAAACCUGAAUCUUCAAGCCUUGGUUCAAACCUUCCCAUGUCCAGUGAGAUUAUGGCAUGCACUGAUUAUAUUCCAAGGUCAUCAAAUGAUUAUACCUCACAAAUGUAUUCUGCAAAGCCAUAUGCACAUAUCCUUUCUGUACCUGUAUCAGAAACCAUGAGCCCUUACCCUGGUCAGCCUCAGUACCAAGCACUACAGCAGUCCCAGCCCUACACCAUCUACCCCCAGACCACCCAGACCUAUGGACUACCUCCUUUCGGUGCACUGUGGCCAGGUAUGAAACCUGAAAGUGGUUUAAUUCAGACUCCAUCUACAAGUCAGCACAGUGUUCUUACCUGCACUACAGGGUUAACCACAAGCCAGCCCAGCCCAGCACAUUAUUCUUAUUCCAUUGAAGCGUCAACUACCAAUGCCAGUCCAGUCUCUACAGCCUCCACUGUUGUCAAUAUUUCCACGUCAGCAGUAGCCAGCAUCUCACAGGAGUAUCCUACGUACACGAUCCUUGGCCAGAGCCAGUACCAGCCGUGUUACCCGAGCUCUGGUUUCGGUGUGGUGCCAGCAGCAGACAGCAGCUCGGAGAGCAGCACCAUUGCCACCACCACCUUCCCAGCUGAGAAGCCAAACGCUGCGGUGCCUGCGCGGGCAGUGCAGAGACCUUCCUCUGGAGAUGCAUCCACAAGUCCCUCAUUAGGAAGAGCAACAGCAAGUAAAGAGUUAGAUGAGCAGGCAAGAAAAAACAUCCCUGGGAAGAACAGGGGGAAGAGGAAAGCAGAUGCUUCCUCCUCACAGGACAGUGAACUGGAGCGAGUGUUUCUCUGGGACCUGGAUGAGACCAUCAUUAUCUUCCAUUCACUUCUCACAGGGUCUUAUGCUCAGAAAUAUGGCAAGGAUCCAACUCUAGUGAUUGGCUCAGGUCUGUCCAUGGAGGAGAUGAUUUUCGAGGUCGCUGAUACCCACCUGUUUUUCAAUGACUUGGAGGAGUGUGACCAAGUACACAUAGAAGAUGUGGCAUCUGAUGACAAUGGCCAAGAUCUAAGCAACUACAACUUCUCCACGGAUGGUUUCAGCGGCUCCGGGAGCUCUGCCAACCACAGCUCCUCAGUGGGUGUGCAGGGAGGAGUGGACUGGAUGAGGAAAUUGGCCUUCCGCUACCGCAGGGUGCGCGAGGUCUACGACAAGUACAAAACCAAUGUGGGAGGCCUGCUCAGCCCCCAGAAGAGAGAAGCUCUGCAGCGACUGAGGACUGACAUAGAAGUGCUGACAGAUUCCUGGCUGGAAACUGCACUGAAGUCUCUGCUGCUCAUCCAGUCCAGAAAAAACUGUGAGAACAUCUUGAUCACAACCACCCAGCUGGUGCCAGCUCUUGCCAAAGUUCUCCUCUAUGGAUUGGGCGAGGUGUUUCCCAUCGAAAAUAUUUAUAGUGCUACAAAAAUAGGUAAGGAGAGCUGCUUUGAGAGGAUUGUGUCCCGGUUUGGAAAGAAAGUCACCUAUGUGGUCAUUGGGGAUGGACGGGACGAGGAGGUCGCGGCCAAGCAGCACAACAUGCCCUUCUGGAGGAUCACAAACCACGCCGACCUCGUGUCCCUUCACCAAGCCCUGGAGUUAGACUUCCUGUAG